AUCUAUUACGGAAACCACGGAUUAUUACGGAAAUUAACGAUCGUGUCCGAUUAUUUGUAAACACACAUGUUAAUUGGGAAAUUACGUGGAACUUUCCUUUUGAAAUGACAACUCCUAAAGUACGAAAACAGAAACACCAGAAUAAUCUACCCAAGAAAGACAAGGACUCCAAAGUGCUUACAGCUCAAAACGGAGGCAUAGCCAGCUCAAAGUGGAAAUAUGUGGCGGCAGUACUGAGUGGGUUGACUCUUUUAGCGGCAGCUGUGUUGAAGCACCGGUAUGGAUCCCCUGGACAAACGACAUUUGCACGUGCUGAUGUGAAAACUGACGAGCUUGUCAACAGCGUUCCUUGUUCAUCGGAUUACCAAAAAGAUCCAUUUAAAGAAUGCAAGCCGAGUUUCUGCGGGCGGGUUGUACGGGAUAAUGUAGUGACGUCAGAGGAAGCGGAGCACCUGCUGGGUGUUGCAAAAAGGGGACUGGCCUACGGCGGCUCCAAUGGCGGGGCCUCUAUUCUUGAUCUUCACUCCGGGGCAUUGUCGAAGAACGACAAGUUUAUUAAUGUUUACAGUAUUUUACCGGACGGCGAAGGAUUCACAGAACAAGAUUUCAGCAUAUAUAGGCGGGUGAAGGACAAAAUCCACCGUGCCAUCGCCGAACAUUUCCACGUGCCAUUGACGUCACUCUUUUUGACGAAACCAACAUUUUUCUCACGCAUGAACACGAGCGAGGCGAAAACUAUGCACGAUGAAUACUGGCAUCCGCAUAUUGACAGGGUGACGUACGGCUCAUUCUUCUACACGUCGUUGCUCUAUCUGACGACGUACGGCACGGACUUCACGGGGGGACGUUUUAUUUUCACUGACCAGGGACACAAUAUGACAGUGGAGCCCAGAUUAGGUCGUGUGUCGUUUUUCACGUCUGGGUCAGAGAACGUGCAUUACGUCGAGAAGUUGACAUCCGGUGUGCGGUACGCAGUCACCAUCUCAUUCACGUGUGACCCCUCCAUGGCGAUAGCUGACCCUAACGUCAGAUAGCCCCGUCCACCGUCACAUGUCAUGUCGUGGAGUGCUGUGGAACUAUGGUGCCAUGGCAGUCAGUUAUUAAGGAAACAUUUCUGUCUGAUACGAAAAGAGCUUUACAUCUCCGUAGCAUACAUGAAUGUUUGUGUCAGUAACGUUACGUUAUUAUGCCCCCUUUUGAAAAAAGUGGGGUAUAUUGUUUUGCACAUGUCGGUCGGUCGGUCGGUCUGUCUGUCGGUCGGUCGGAAUACCAAAUGGUUUCCGAUCAAUAACUUGAGAACGCUUUGACCAAGGGACCUCAUACUUGGUAUGUGUAUUGGUCAUCACCAGCAGAUGAACCCUAUUGAUUUUGAGGUCAGUGGGUCAAAGGUCAAGGUCAGUGUGACCUUUACAUGAAAAACGGUUUCCGAUCAAUAACUUGAGAACGCUUUGACCCAGGGACCUCAUACUUGGUAGGUGUAUUGGUCAUGACCAGCAGAUGAACCCUAUUGAUUUUGAGGUCAGUGGGUCAAAGGUCAAGGUCAGUGUGACCUUAACAUGAAAAACGGUUUCCGAUCAAUAACUUGAGAACGCUUUGACCCAGGGACCUCAUACUAGGUAGGCUUAUUGGUCAUGACCAGCAGAUGAACCCUAUUGAUUUUGAGGUCAGUGGGUCAAAGGUCAAGGUCAGUGUGACUGUAAGCUGAAAAAAGGUUUUCUGAUUGUCCAUAUUUUAUUUAAGUGUCCAAAUCCUACUAACAAUUUGGCUCCCAAGGGGGCAUAAAUGUUUCACUAACAUCUCUUGUUUUUAAUGACUUUGUCGUAAAAUGUCAUAGUAAACAAAUAUUCUAUAAUUGUUGUUCAAGUAAUAUUUUAGCCAAUUUCAUGAUAACACCACUAUCUUUGAAAGCUGUAUUCGUACAUAUCCAUGCAGUAGUCAUGUAAAUGAAAAUCAGGCAAUGCUGACCGUAGUUUAUUAAUUAUCAUCACUGCAUUAUUUGUUCACAUUCCACAUUCAUUUCAUGUAUGUAAAUAAACUAUUGUUAUAUU